GAGUGGGCCAGUCUGGGCUUCCACCGGCAGGGCCGAGAUUUUCUGGCUGUGGUUUUCGCCUGCAAGAUUGCCGGUUGCCUGCAUCGUCCUUUCUUGGACGCGGUUGGAGUCGCCUUUGGCAAGCUUGCCGCCACCUUCGACCUCAGGCGUCCAAGUGCGGCGGCGAAGCAGGCAGGGCUCCGCCCUCCCGCUGGCCUUGCCCAGCCGUAUACCGCGCUCGUGUCGCCGGACCGUCCGGUGCUGUUUAAGCCAGCAGGUUGGGAGGUCUAUGGCGGCCACGUGGACCCUCAGCUCCUGGACUAUGCCCGUGCCAGUUUUGGCCGCCACCCAAUCUACGGCGAUGCACGGCAUAAUCAUGGUUUUCU